UGAUGCUUGAGCUGGAAGCAUGGAGGCGCUUUUUCUAGACAAGCGAACACACAGAGCCUGUUAAAGGUUUGGAUGUUUAUGGUCACAAUGUGAAUGUUUAUGGUCACAAUGAAGGCCUUCAUCUUCGUUUUUCUCCUGGGAAUACAGGGGGCAGCGGCAGUGACCCACUCGCUGAAGUAUUUCUACACUGGAUCCUCUCAAGUCCCAAACUUCCCAGAGUUUGUGGCUGUUGGGAUGGUUGAUGAUGUUCAGAUUGAAUAUUAUGACAGCAACACAGAGAAAAAAGUGCCCAAACAGAAGUGGGUGAACGGUGCAGUAGAUCCACAGUACUGGGAGAGAAACACUGAGAUCUCCAUGACCAACCAGCAGACGUUCAAAGCCAACAUUGAGAUUUUAAAGCAGCGCUUCAACCAAACUGGAGGUGUUCACAUUUUCCAGACGAUGCACGGCUGUGAAUGGGAUGAUGAAACAGGUGAAGUGAAUGGAUAUAUGCAGUUUGGUUAUGAUGGAGAGGACUUCAUAAGCUUUGACCUGAAGGACCAGAUGUGGGUCGCUCCAAAAGAACAGGCUGCCAUCACCAAAAACAAGUUGGAUCAUGACUGGGCUCUGACUGCUCAGUAUAAGAACUACUUCACCCAGAUUUGUCCUGAGUGGCUGAAGAAGUAUGUGAACUAUGGGAGGAGCUCUCUGAUGAGAACAGUUCGUCCCUCAGUGUCUCUCCUCCAGAAGUCUUCCUCCUCCUCAGUCACCUGCCAUGCUACAGGUUUCUAUCCUAACAGAGCCGAGAUGGUCUGGAAAAAAGAUGGAGUGGAGCUUCAUGAGGGUGUGAACAAAGGAGAGAUUCUCACCAACAAUGACGGGACCUUCCAGAUGAGUGUUGACCUGGAUGUCUCAUCAGUCAAACCUGAAGACUGGCACAGAUACAGAUGUGUGUUUCAGCUCUCUGGUGUGAACGAGGACAUCGUCACCAGACUGGACAAAUCAGAGAUCAAGACCAAUGAAGGAAGUUCCUUCUCCCUGAUCAUCCCUGUUGUUGUUGCUGUGGUUGUUCUUGCUGCCAUCGCUGUGAUCGCAUUCAUUAUUUACAAAAAGAGGACGGAGAAACGUCCCCUAUCUCCUGCAGAGAGCCAGGAGCCAAUGCUUCCUCAAGCCGAAACCACAAACAGCUCUGCACACAACAACCUGAGAGAAGACGUGUCAGCUCGUUCUUCUCCAUAAACUGGAAUUCAUUGAAUUUGUUGAUUGUUCACAUCAUAAAAUCUGUUAAAAAGAUCUAAAAUCUAAAAUAUAGUUGCAGAUGCUUAUUAGUCAAGAUUUAAUGGAAAGGA